AUAUGAUAUACCGUACUCUCUCUCUCUCUCUCAGCCAAAAGAUUUUCACGCUCUCUCUGUGUCUCUCUCUCUCUCUCCUCUCAGUCUCUAUGUUGAUCAGAUUUCAAGCCACAAAGCAAAACCUUUGAAAAGUAUUGAUGGAAAAUCAACCAAGUACCUGGAGGUAUUUUCGAAUUGAUGGAGAGCCACCCACCUACAAAGAUGAUUCUUUCACAUUAGAGAUUCACCACGGCGGUAGAUUUUUUAAGUUGGGCAAUGGCAGUCGACAUUAUAGAGGAGGAGAAGUGGUCUGGAUUGACAGAAAUGAUCCAGACACCACAUCAUGGCCAUGCCUCAAUUGCAUGGCAGAAGACUUGGGCUACAGAGAGCCCCCAAUGACGUAUUGGUUCAAGAUUCCUGGAAGUAAAGAUGGUGAAGACUUUCUGCCAAUUAGGGAUGAAAAAGAAGUUAAACAAAUGUUGGCAUUUGUUCAAUGUUCCAGGGUGCUGCAAUUAUAUAUUGUAGGUGGAGGGGUGAGAAAAAAAAAAGAAGCAGAACUUGAAGAUGAACCUGGGAAUAAAGCUGCACCUAUUUGUCAUGACAAGUACAUUGGGAAUGUGAUUGAAGACAUAGUAGAGGAGGAUGGUAUGAGUAGUCAUGGGGUAAAAGAUAAAGGAAAAAGAACUAAGGCUGGUGAGAAAAGAAAGACAUUUAAGAAGGGAAAGAGUAGCGGUUUGAACGACAACUCCAACCAUUUUGCAAAGGUGGCUAUGAACAAUGAUGUUGAGGUUACAAGUACUAGAGGUACUGCAAAGUCACCUAGGUUGAAGCAGAAAGCAAGGAGAAUUAAGAAGAAAGAGGUGGAAAGGAAAUAUGACACAAGGUUUAAAGGAGAGUUCAACUAUGAUAUUGAUGAGUUUCAAGCUGAUGGUGAAUCUUCUGAUAGUGAUGAUCCCACAUAUGAAGAAAUUAUAGAUAGUGACUAUGAGCUCCAUGAUGAGGAUGAUGAAGUGUUGUUCAGGGCAAAUGUUGAUGUUAGUGGUGUUAAUGUUGGUGAAUGGGAUGAAAUGGGCUAUGAAGGAAUUAUAUCAAAUGGUGAGGGUGAGGAUUCUGAGAAGUUUGAAAGCGGGGAAUCAUCAUCAUCUAGUGAAGAUGAAGUAAACUUAGAUGCGCAAGGUCAAAGGAGGAAGAAAAAAAAAUUUACUAAUUUUAGGGAAUGGAACCAUGAAAGAGAUUUGAAGAACCCACACUUCGAACUUGGCAUGAAAUUUCCAAGUCCAGAGGUAUUCAAGGAUGCAGUGAGAAUGUUCUCUGUGUUAACAAAAAAAGAGCUCAGAUUUGAUCCCAAUGACAGAAAAAGGGUGAAUGCUUUCUGCAAGACAACACCAGGUUGUCCUUUCAGAAUUUAUGCAUCACAAGUAGAUAAAGCCUCACCAACAAUGGAAAUUAGAAUAUUGCAGAUGGAGCAUCGUUGUAGUGGAUUGUCAAAAAAAGUGUAUCAUUGCAAUGCUCCUUUCAUUGCAAAAGGUUAUGUAGAUCAGAUUAUAGCUGAUAGAAACUGGUCUAGAGAGGGGAUGCAAGCUGCUGUUGGUAGAGACUAUGCGAUGAGUAUAGGGUAUCAGAUGUGUUUUAGGGCAAAGAAAAGGGCUCUCAAACUUGCAGAGGGGACUGUUGAAGACCAAUAUAACCUGCUAGAAACAUAUGCUGAUGUUAUUAAAAAGGCAAAUGAUAAUACAUCAGUAUGGAUUGAAGGAGAUGAUGAGGGUGAGAGCAGAAGAUUUAAGAGGAUGUACAUAUGUUAUGGUGCUCUGAAAAAGGGUUGGAUAGAUGGAUGUAGGCCAAUUAUAGGUCUAGAUGGGUGUCAUUUAAAGACUGUGUAUAAAGGUAUACUUUUAACAGCUGUAGGAAUUGAUGGCAAUAAUGGUAUGUAUCCGAUUGCCUUUGCCAUUGUUGAGAAGGAAAACAAAGAAGCAUGGACAUGGUUUGUGGAGUUCUUGAAGCAAGACUUGGAGCUGAACAAUGGCUACUCAUAUACAUUCAUCAGCGACAAGCAAAAAGGGUUGUUAGAUGCUGUGAAGGAUGUAAUGCCUAAUGCGGAGCAUAGACAUUGUGCAAGACAUUUGUAUAAUAACUUUAAGGGUGAAGGACAUAUCGGCACUGAAUUGAGAGAUCUUUUUUGGAGUACAGCAAGAUCAACAACCAAGACAUGGUUUUUGAAGAACAUGGAUAGCAUAUGUGAAAAGUCACCUAGUGCAUGGAAUUGGUUGAGAGAGAGACCGGCUGAACAUUGGAGCAGGUCUCACUUUAGGAUUGAGCACAAGUGUGACAUUUUAUUAAACAACCAUUGUGAAGCCUUCAACUCGAAGUUACUUGAAGCUAGGAAAAUGCCUAUUUUAGGGUUUUGGGAAGAACUAAGGCUGAACUUGAUGAAAAGGUUGGCUAAUAGGAGAUGUGCAGGUUUAAGGUGGAAGUGCAAAGUUGGUCCACGGAUUGAAAAACUGUUAAAGAAAAAUGCAGAAAGAAGUCAUGAUUAUAGUCCUGAGGAGUCAUCAAACAAGAGAUUUCAGGUGAAAGGGAGAGGGGUUACUUGUGCUUCUGGUGUGAAUUCCCUACAUGAUGUGAACCUUGCUGCAAGGACAUGCACAUGUCGGAGGUGAGAUCUUUGUGGAUUGCCCUGUCCACAUGCAAUAGCAUGCAUUUUCUCAAAAGGUUACAAUCCUGAAGACUUUGUUGAUGAGUGUUAUUCUCAAAAAAAGUACAUGGAAGCUUAUGAACCGGCUAUCAACCCAAUUCCAAGAGUUGCUGAAUGGGAAGUGAUUAACAAGCCCAUCAUGCCUCCGAGAUAUACUAGGGGACCUGGCAGACCAAAAAUGUCAAGAAAUAAAGAACCAGGUGAGAUGCCACCAGCUGCUGGAACAACUAAAUUACCCAAGAUAUAUUACAGUAAGAUUAGUUGUGGAAAAUGUCACAAGCAAGGGCAUAACACGAGGACUUGUGAUAGGCGCAAUCAACAAGGAAGUACCUCUCAAGCUAGUUCUACUAUGCAACAAGGCGAUGCAAAUGAAAAAGGUUCUCAAAAUGUUCAGCAAGAUGGCGAUGCAAAUGAUGAACAUAGAAUGCAGAAUGCUCAGCAAUGUGGCAAUUCUAAUGGACAUAGUUCUCAAAAUGUUCAUGAUGAGGAGCAUCAUGAGAUUCCAUCUCAACAAUCACUUGCGAAAGCACCUUUUAUUUCAUCGCAACCACUUCCAUCACCUCUAAAUUUCUCACAAGAAAUUCCUCCAGUUCAAAGAAGUUCUCAACCUAUUGGAUCAUUCUUAGCUUCCUUCUCUAUGAUGUACACUGAUCCUGUAACAAGGAGGCCAAAGAAGCAAGUUGCAUUCAGAAAUCCUAAGAAUUCUAUGUCAACUGAGAAUGCAAGCAAGCCUAUUUGGAGACCUUAAAAGUGUUGUUUUUUUUUUUUUUUUUUUCCAUAAACUGUGUCUUCAAGUUCUUUGAUCAAAAUAGGGCAUUUUGUGAUAACUCUUUGAACAAUUAGGAUUGAAUAUUUUCUGAAAAUUUGACGGGUCAUUUUGGUAUAGUAGUGUUUUAUUUUAGUAUGGUAUGGAAUGCUUAUGUAAUUUGUAGUUGGGAUACAUAGUUUUGAACUAUGUUAGCUUUACUGUUAUUCUAAGCAUUUACGUGACCAUUAUUCAUG